AUCCAGCGCUCCUGUCUCUCGUCUCACUAAUCUCUCUUGGUCAGCAUGCACAGAUAACUCAGUGAAUAAUCAAUUGCUUCAUGGAACCGAGCCUAUUUCUCAGAACCUCCGCUGAAGAAUCAUGUUGCCUGUCAUCGCAGCGUGCUACAGUACUCGAAGCGCGUCUACAUACACUGGCUCAGUCCAGCUGCAGGAUCGACGGUUAGAGACCAAGCCUAACUCUGCAACAACACCUAUUUUCCGUAACCCGUUUCCUCUCCGCAUACCUCCCUCUAUCUGUCGCUGAUGAAAUCCAACUGUUGGGUGCCAGCUAAUGGCCUCCAUGCAGUCCAAGGAUUGAGCAUCGGUGCUAACACGGGCGUUCUAGACCGGAGAUGCGGCUGUGACUUUGUAAUUCCUCUGCGAGUGUGGUAUGGACGCCACAUCUACAUCACUGUAUUGCUUUCGACCACCUUCCACUAUCGUGUCAACAUCUAAUCGAGGCUGGG